AUGGGUUUUGAAAAUACCAAACACCUGACUGCUGCGACGAAGCAAAUGCGAGAGAAAUAUUGGAAUGAUGCAAUCAAAACUUCUAUCUCUGUCCAGCAAGCUGCAACGACACAGAACCUUCCCGUCAAAGGUCCCGUAUGGGUUAGCAAAUUCACAACACCGUCUCCUUCCCACAAUGACAACUCACGAGAGUUACUUCUUGGUCUCAUCGAUGAGACAAACACACAUAAUAUACAUUAUGAUCGUCCGAAUUGCGAGCCACUUUCCUGUGAAUGGACAGGUUACCGUGAGGGGGUUGAAGCUGGUACGCCUGAACCACUACUGUCAGAAAAUGAGAAGUAUCAAGAAUUAGUGGAGGGCACCAAGAGCCCAUUGACGGUUUUGUAUCUCUAUGGCGGUUCAUUCGUCCAAAGCAACUGGAGGCAAAUCUUAAUGGUGAAGCAGCGUUUGUCACCACAGAAUCCCUUCCCAGCAGCUUUCCUCGAUACAUUCCAAGCCUACCUUUCACUUCUAGCACCACCUCCGAACUCACCACACGAAGCCAUCGCAGCUAAAAACAUUGUGAUAGUAGGCGAUAGUUCCGGAUCUGCUCUCGCAUUAAGCUUAUUGCAAGUCCUUCUGCAACUCAAACGAAAAAAUACUGUAAUAAAGUUCCAUGGAAAUACAAUUCAGCCAGCCGAAUUUAUACCCGCGGGCCUCGCACUGUUGAGCGUCACAACUGAUCUAGUCAAUACACUUCCCUCACACAAACGAAACAUAAUGCAUGAUGUAUUUCCCAUUCCCAUCGAGAAACUCCCCUACCUAGAAAAAAGCUUUCCUACCUCAAGUCCCGUUGCCUCCUUUGAUUGGUCUGGAUCUUGUCCUCUAUGGUUUGCAUCUGGACAGGAACAAAUUGUGGAUGGCUCUCGACUGGUUGCUCAAACUGCUUUUUCACAGGGCGUUCCAGUCGUGCUUCAGAAAUAUGAGGGUAUGCCCCAUACAUUCUUCUGGGUAUUUAGCAAAGCACCGCAGACGAGAAAGAUUCUUGCUGAUUGGGCUGAGGUUAUUGUUGCUUUUGCGGAGGGCAAGAAAUUGGUUUCUAAAGCGGAAUUUAUUCAUGCCAAGGGCUUGAAGACAGAAGAGUUGAAUUUGAAGAAUUUAGUGUCUUUUGGCGUGGCACAGGCGAGCGAGCUUCUCUGGAAGAAGACGUUGGAUUAUAAGGUCCCAUUAUUUCACCAACACUGUCAGUCAUCCUUGUAG